AUGGCCGCGGGUGAGGAUGAGCUGGAGGUCACAGUUCGGGGGACGUUUUUCAGCUGUCCACCAACAUCAUUGGUCGAGCCAAACACAGAAACUGUCGGGGGAUCACAGGACAUGCAGCUAGUCGAGGAUGAGAACUCGAAGGUACACUGUGUUAAUUACCAACGUGUCAAAGAUUUCACACACCUCAUGCACACACUGGCGCAAAGCGCUGAGGAAUACGCUCGACAGAUCUGGAUGCGUGGUUGGCAGGUCGUCCACUUCCAGCGUUUACCGACUUGGCUAAAGGACAAUGAGAUGUUGCUUCGUGGACACCGACCACAGCUGUACACUGUGUGGGCUUGUUUCGCUUCAAUUUUCCGGGUGCAUACCGAAACCGGCAACAUAUGGACUCAUUUGCUAGGCUGUGCGGGAUUCAUCGCUAUUUCUACUUUUAUCCUCCUUCAACCGAGCGCGCUGAUACAAUGGCAAGAAAAACUCAUAUUUUCCGGAUUUUUCUUCGGAGCUAUUUUAUGUCUUGGCUUUUCUUGCCUAUUUCAUACCGUCCUCUGUCACUCCGAGAGCAUCAGCCGUAUUUUGAAUAAAUUGGAUUAUUGCGGAAUCGCCUUUCUAACCAUGGGUUCUUUCGUGCCCUACCUCUACUACUCGUUUUAUUGCGUCCUUUGGUUGAAACUGUUCUAUUUGGCACUGAUAUUCGCGCUUGGAUCAGGAGCCAUUGCAGUGUCCAUGUCAAACACAUUCGCCUCACCGUCUUACCGUCCUUUACGUGCGCUUGUUUUCAUUGCUCUUGGUCUUUCUGGAGUUAUUCCAUGUGUGCAUGUUACAAUCACAAACGGAUUCUGGCCUUCUGUGCAACAUGGUUCUCUUGGUUGGUUGUUCCUAAUGGCUGUUCUCUACAUCACUGGUGCAUCUAUUUAUGCUGUACGGGUUCCUGAACGUAUUUUUCCUGGGCGUUUCGAUAUUUGGUUCCAAAGUCAUCAAAUUUUCCACGUCUUUGUCGUGGCCGCGGCACUGGUUCACUACCAUGGUAUUAUCGGCUUGACGAAUUACCGACUGGCGAUUGGUGACUGUCGCCCUCCCCCUGGCUAUCCCUUUCCAAAGCAUGAUUACGAUAACAUUGAACUACUGAGACCAUUUAUGACGUAUUAAGAAGAAUAUUCCGUCAGGUUUUGAAAGCAUACUCUCUCACUCGUCCUCAAUACUUUUAUGAAGGCUGUGAACACGUUCCUUCAGGGCGUUUUACUCUUUCAAACAGACAUUGCAAUUUUUAGUGUGCAGAACUUUGUUAUCUUGAUCUAUUUCGUGCACUAGUCUAUCCAUACAUCAACUCAGACAUUUUCUAUUGAAUAAAAUAACAGUUUGCACCUAU